UCGAGCACCAUUCUGAGGGGAGAGAGUUUGGUGGGCGUCGAUCUGAAGUCUUCAUCCGAGUUUCAGUGCACAGUAUUCGGCUAGGCUCAGGGCGCUCUUAACCUCAGUUUUACUGUGUGAACAUAAUAAUUAUACAUGAUUGAAAUCCCUUUCUGCAUUUAAGUUGAAAAGUCCUAUCCAUACACAAGGAGCUGUCUAAAACGGACAUAAUGCAUCAGAUUGAGUAUGAGCUGAUCUAGAGAGUCUUUUUGCUUGAUUUUUUAUUUAAAGAAGGCCAGGGAAAAUGUUUACAUUUAGCUGUAUAAACAUCCUGCCCAUGUUCCUGUCUAUCUUUUAAAGAAAUCAGCAGCGUGGUCUUGAAUAGAGACAUUUUCUUUAAAAUACGCGUAUUUAAAGCAACAUUUUAAAUAUACUUCACACUUUAAUAAGUCAAAGUCAUUGAAAUGUGCUAUGGUGAGGUUGGCCUGUUGUAUCUGACAAGUGGAAAACCCGUUUUAUAUAUCACGGUGGUUGUGCAUACAAGCUUACUAAAAACAUACAUUUAAAAAAAAAAUUUUUGAAGAAAUAUUGUCGUUGCGAAAAUAAAGACAACAUGUCCCAACGUUGCAAAGUUCAAGCAUAGGCCUCUGUAGCCUGUUGUAUUAGGCUACCAUUUAUAUUCUGAAAAACAGAUAUUCUAGUUGGCUAUGUCCUAUAUUUGAAAAUAAGUCCUGUUUCACGCCAUUCAUUUGUUUUUUUAAAUUAUAAUUUUCUGUUCAAUAAAAUGUAAUUUUGAGUGUUAAGAAAUGCCCACUUCUCUGAUUCUGAGUUGGAAAAAAACUGCUCCCAGACAAACUAAAGCCAGGCAGAUGUGUGUGAGUGGGAGGGGACUGGGCGGGCCCGGUGCGCCAAUGACGUCCUGAUGGUCAAGCGCUCGAGAUAGCAAGGCGCUGAUGGCAACGGAUAAGUAAAAGGCGAGCUCCUCCGGACGCACGAGAACACACCGACUGAAGUUGAAGUAGCUCCCGUCUCUCCCCUAUUUCAAUUUGGACAAUCGCUACGGAUUUCAGGGUUCACAUUGGCUAAGGAAUUUAGGCACCAAAAGGAAGAGCGCAUUAACGCACGGUUUACAGAAAUUCAGCUUUGCAUUUGACCGUGCGUAGUUCCACAGCAUCGAGAUUAUUGGUAACCAUCUUAAACUUUUCUUUAAUUAUUUAUACUUAGUUUCUAGUACUACUUCAAAACGAGGACGUGGAUAUUUUUGUCAAACUUUUUUUUGCCAUUGCGCUGAUAGUCUAACUAAUGACGGCAGAGGUCCAGCAGCCCCCAGCGCAGACUCCUGCCCAGAGCAGCCCGAUGUCUGCCCCGGAGAAGCCCCACGGACAGACCACUGUGAUGGAGACCGCCUCCUCCACCACCAAAACCAAAAAGACCAACGCGGGGAUCCGCCGUCCGGAGAAACCCCCCUACUCUUACAUUGCGCUGAUAGUCAUGGCUAUCCAGAGCUCUCCCACCAAACGCCUGACGCUCAGUGAAAUUUACCAGUUCCUCCAGAGCCGCUUCCCGUUUUUCAGAGGCUCUUACCAAGGAUGGAAGAAUUCGGUGCGUCACAACUUGUCCCUGAAUGAGUGCUUCAUAAAGCUGCCCAAGGGGCUCGGGCGGCCCGGGAAGGGUCACUACUGGACUAUCGACCCAGCCAGUGAGUUCAUGUUCGAGGAGGGAUCCUUCCGCAGGAGGCCGCGGGGCUUCAGGCGUAAAUGCCAGGCGCUGAAGCCCAUGUACAGCAUGAUGAACGGCCUGGGAUUCAACCACCUCCCCGAGUCCUAUAACUUCCAGGGGAGCGGCGGGGGCCUGUCCUGUCCGCCCAACGGCUUGUCUCUGGACAGCGGGAUUGGGAUGAUGAAUGGACACUUGGCAGGCAACAUGGAGGGGAUGGGUCUGGCCGGGCACUCCAUGUCCCACUUGUCGGCCAACAGUGGACAUUCCUACAUGGGGAGCUGCACAGGAUCCACGGGGGGCGAGUACCCCCACCACGACAAUUCAGGCUCGCCCCUCCUCACCAGCGGGGGAGUGAUGGAGCCGCAUCCCGUCUACUCAAGCUCGGCCUGGGCUCAAGCGCCUUCAUCCUCUCUGAAUAACGGAGGUUCUUACAUCAAGCAGCAGCCACUGUCUCCCUGCAACGCGGGGGCGAACCCGCUGCAGCCCAGUUUACCCACACAUUCCCUAGACCAAUAUAAUCUUCAUCAGAACGGACACAGUAACACGGAUUUGCAAGGUAUUCCACGGUACCAUUCCCAGUCUCCCAGUAUGUGUGACCGGAAGGAGUUCGUCUUCUCCUUCAACGCGAUGACGUCCUCAACGAUGCAUUCGCCCAGCAGCAGUUCCUACUAUCAUCACCAACAGGUCGCCUACCAGGACAUCAAGCCCUGCGUCAUGUGACAGCACUUACAGUGAAUAACGGACAUCACUUGAGCCACUAAAGCUUGAGCCACUAAAGCCAAAGCGGCUGCAAGGCUGAGACGAGGAAGCAACCCAACCCUUGGAGGUAGGAGAGAAGGCAGGCCCUGGAGCGCGCUGUAAGAGAAGCAACAGUAACGCCAGAGAACCCAUAAACUAAACAACUUUUCACAAAAAAAAAGGAUUUGGUACAGAGACAUAAAUACGUGCAAAUGCAGAUUUAGUUCAACUUCAAUGUUUAUCUGUCUCAGAAACCAAAAAGGGUGUGGAAAUACCACAGAACAACCUUGUGGUGUAGGCCUAAGCUGUGGGCUAUUUUCAAGAAAUGUCUGUGUGCCACACAAGAGGUAAAGCAGAGACCGGUUGACACUCACCUCAUGCAUCUCAACCCCAGCUGCCGCUUGGUACUAUAACUCUGCGGGCGGAUGACUACCACUUGAGAAUAUUUUACAAUGUACAAUAAUGUGUAUUAUUUUUGUUAUGCAUUCAAACGAUAUACUGCGGGGACAAUUUCAUUGGUCAUUUAUCCGGGUUAGGCUACUCGGCUCCAUCGAAGUGAUAGUUAGAUUUUUAUUAGAUUUUCUGAGACGUUUGGACUAAGCUUAGGCUACACCAUGCAUUAAACAUUUUUAAAUCAACAACAAGACGAUCUGAAUUAAGGAAUGAUGAAGGCACUUUUUAAUAGUAAAGCGCAACUUCUUAUUUAUUCUGUGCAUAUUUUUAAUUGUACACUUAUAGCCACAAUGUUGAAGUAUGCUUUAUUGGCAAUAUUUGCCAUGACGCGUUCUUAUUUGUUUUAAAAUGGAAAUUGAAAAUAUAGAUGUAAGCACUGUUAGUUACAUGUCUAUUUAGGAUAAGUUACAUGUCUAUUUAGGAUAAGUUACAUGUCUAUUUAGGUGUAUAUAUCCGUGUAGACACCCGUUAUUUUUCAGCACUGUAUAAAUUGUAAAUGAUGUUAUGUUGAGUAUUGGCAUACUCGAGUGUCUUUAGAUUAGUCUGUAUAUUACUACACACGAUUUGUAAAAUUAAACGUAUUGGCAUGCAGUUUGUUUAACUGGCUGAAAUACCUAUACAAUGAUUUCUGUUCCAA